AUGACUUCCGAACCAGAGACACCGCGAAUAACCGAGCUCCAUGUAAGGAUGGACUGCAACGGGUGCGUGCACAAGAUGAGGAAGACCCUGACCGGCAUUGACGGUGUAGGCGAGGUACAUGUUGAUCAAGCGAACCACAAGAUCACGGUGGUGGGGAUCGCCGAUCCUGCGAGGAUCGUCAAGGCCAUCAGGAAGGCCAACAGGGUUCCCGCCAUCUGCUCGCACACCGACCCUGCAGCUCCGGCGCCACCCGCCGAAGGGGGAGAAGCCCCGGCUGCAGCUCCGGCGCCACCCGCGGGAGGGGGAGAAGCCCCGGCUGCAGCUCCGGCGCCACCCGCGGGAGGGGGAGAAGCCCCGCCUGCAGCUCCGGCGCCACCCGCGGAAGGGGAAGCCCCGGUUGCUGAUGUGCCUCCGCCUCCGCCUGCAGAAGAGGCACCAGCAGAACCCACCGCGGCAGAGAACAAAGAGGCGCCACCAUCGGCUGGAGCACCAGCCACCUCCAUGAUAUACAUGGUGCGUGACUGCCCAUACAGCCACCAUGCGUACAGAGGUCAUUGGGCAACCCAUCCGAGCAACAUUCAUGGCGUCAGAUAUGAAUAUGAUGAUGCUGCACCAUAUUACGCAGCACAUAGUCGUAGCUACAGUCCUCCUCGCAUAUCAGAGUACGGCCAUGUGGGCUCUUCAGCCCAAGAAGGAAGAUGCUACUACCAUCCAGCGGCUGCUAGGGGAAGAGGAGAUGGGAGCCAGAUCACUUCGAUGUUCAGCGAGGAGAACCCCAACGCAUGCAGCAUAGCAUAA